GCAAGUUGAAGGCCAGCUUAAGUGUGGAAGGUGGCCCCCCUCCCGUGCCUCAGUUUCCCCUCCAGACUCGGGGGGAUGGGGCACUGUGCUUCUGGGAGCCGUCAGUUUGUCACCGCGACCAAGUCCUCCCCAGGAACCAACAGCCGCCCGCGCUUCAUCUGAUAAGGCUUAUCAGGGCUGCCCAGCCCGCGGCCCGGGUAGCUGGCCCAGGGUGUGUGUGAGGGGCAGAGAGGGAAGUCUACAGCAACGCCGGGACGGGGAGCUGAGCCAGGACCUCCUCAGCAGCCGGGCCGCGCGCCCCUUGCCCCUGCCAGACCCGACCCCGGAGGCCGCAUGGAUUUCACGUCAUUGGUGGGGCCGGAGCCCCUCCCUCAGUUUGCAGAAGCCACGCUCCUGCCACCAGGUGAUGAGCCAAGCCUCUUCUUCCCCGGGGCGGAGGCCACAGACGCUGCCACGCUGGCCACCUACUACGGUCGGGGGGCCGAGGCCUACAGACACUCACCAGUCUGCCAAGUGUACCCGCUACUCAACGGCCUCCCCUGGAUGGAGAACGGGCUGGGCCCAGCCCCCUAUCCCGCCCCGGGAUGGGCCUACGGCAAGGCCAACCUGUACCCUGCGGCCUCGGCCCUGCCUUCCUCCCGCGACCCACCCGCCGGGGCUGCCUCCUCCCCUCCGCCCCCCGAGGGAGACGGCAAGAGCAGCCCCGGCUUCCUGGAGACCCUGAAGACUGAGCGGAUGAGUCCCCUGAGCCCGGAUCUGCUCACGCUGGGGCCCCCUCAGAGCCUGGCCCCCCCUCCACCCCUGUACGGGGCCCAGGACUUCGCUGGCACGUUCUUCCCACCUACAGGUGCCCCCCUGACGGCAGCCUACUCCCCCAAGCUCCGGGGGACCCUAGCCCUCUCCCCCUGUGAGGCCCGGGAGUGUGUCAACUGUGGGGCAACGGCCACCCCCUUGUGGCGCCGGGACGGCACUGGGCACUACCUGUGCAAUGCCUGCGGACUCUACCACAAGAUGAACGGGCAGAACCGGCCCCUAAUCCGGCCCAAGAAGCGCCUGAUUGUCAGCAAGCGAGCAGGUACCCAGUGCACCAACUGCCAGACGACCACCACCACCCUGUGGAGACGUAAUGCCAGCGGGGAGCCGGUCUGCAACGCCUGUGGCCUCUAUUUCAAACUACACAACGUGAACCGGCCCCUGACCAUGCGCAAGGAUGGCAUCCAGACCCGGAAUCGCAAGGUGUCCAGCAAGACCAAGAAGAAGCGGGCAGCGGAGGGGACAGGCGAAGGGUUGCGGGAGGAGCCUCCCCCCGCCACCGGUCUGUACGGCUUAGGGCCCAUGGUGCUGUCGGGCCACAUGACCUCUGUCAGUCACCUGGUGCCCUUCCCUGCGCCCCUCCUGGGACCGCCUGCUGCCUCCUCUUUCCCCGCCCAGCCUCACAGCUCUCCCGGGGUGGUGACUGCUCUGAGCUCCUGAGGUCCUCUCCCCCCGGCCAAAGGUGUGCUGAGGGUGGGGUCAGGUGACCUUCAGGCAACCUCUUAGCCCCAGGCUUGGGGGGGGGGACAACGUUGGCGGGGGGCUCUGCGUGUGUAUGACUGUCCAUGGGCAUGUGUGUGUGUCAGGUGCGGCUGCCUGGGUUCUUCCUCCCUCCUCCUGAGCCCCUCCAGCCUGAGCCUGGCAUUUCCAUGGCUGAAGGGUCAUGGAUCUCCCCCCCCCAACCCCACCCCCAGUGUCUCUGGGGUGCUGGGAGAAGGGCCAGUGGGAACCCAGUUCCCUCCAUCCCCCACAGUUGGCCAAGGGGCGGGUGAAGUGAAUUGACGGAGGGGGUGUGGGAGGAUCAAUACAGCGUCGCUGACUAGCGUCCCUUUCCUGGAGCCCGAACGAUGUAAUUUCCCAUGGUUAGGAAGGGCCAGGUGGAACUCAGGGUCAGUGAGUCUCUGUGGGCCCAGCUGGCUCUGGUUCCACCUCCCGUGACCCUCAAGCCGGUGCCCCUAUUAUGACUGGGCAGCCUGACUCCCACAGGGCCUUAGUCGAGAAAGAGCCCGUCAGCCUGUCUCUGCUGGGGAGAUCUUUUACUCUCCUUCUGUUGUCUUGUGGAGAGAGGCCAGGGAGAGCCUCCUCGGGGCUAAGGAACAGGGAGAGUGGAUGAGAGAUUCUGUUCCCCUUCAGGGGAAACAGUUGAGAUGGGCUCAAACUCAUCCUUAUCCCAGACACUCUUCCCCUGAGGCUGCCUUCCUGAAAAGGGUCUGGUCAGCCCCGGGAACAACUGUAGAAACUCCCUGAAUCUCCUCCCCUCCUUUCCCUUUCCCCCUUGACGACAGAUCGCCAGUGACCCGGUUGGGGGGAGGAGCCGGUCCAUUCGGGUUUGCACUAUGGCUUUGAAACUGAACCCUAUGAGAGGUAGAGCUUAGAUCCUGGGGCAGGUUGGCUGGGAGGAGCGGGGAGAUGUGGGGUGGCCUAAGAAGCAGGCCGGUAAAUGGUCUCCUCCCCCUGGCAUUUGUACAGAAACCCUUUUCCUCCCGUCUAGCCCCCACAGCAUUUGUACAAUAAAAUAUGGCACCCGCA